GUGGUUUUUAAAACAAUGUGCUUAAAAUUCUAUAGAAAUGAACUGCAAUUGCUUCUGAAAAGCUUGCUAGUACUACAACUUCAUUCAAGGUUUUUGUCUCCCCGCCUCCAAAUCGUAAAUUUCGGGGGCUUGACCAAUAGGAUCGGAUCGGCCGAUGAUCAGAUGACUAAAAGAAUCUCUAUUUAAAAACUCCAAUGAAAAACCCAAUGCAAAGCUUUCAAAAGGACUGGUACCAUUUCAAACUGAGAGGAUCUCACACUGACAAAGGCAUAUUAAUUGUUCCUGUGGAAUUUUCUGGGACUUUUAAAAUAGGAAUUCCCCUGUUUUAGCAUUUGUAAAUCAGGUAGCGAAAUGAAAAAUACAGUUAUACCUCUGUGGAUUUUGGUAUUGUCGUCUGUUGUUCUUGCGUCUGAUCUUGAGAAAGAGGGACUUUUUAAAGAUGGUGCAAUCGCUGACCUGCUGAAAGAUGAAAAUGGCAGUCAUGAUACUGGCAACCCCCAAGUGAAGUUUAAUAUGCGAACGUCCCUGGGACUUGACGACGAAGGUUGCUUUAUCCACCUGGGAAAAGCCAGUCUACAGGAGUGUGGCUUCAAUGCUACAGCCAAGACAUUCUUUGUCAUCCAUGGGUGGACUAUGAGUGGUAUGUUUGAAAGCUGGCUCUAUGACCUAGUAUUCGCCCUGCAGAAACGAGAACAAGAUGCCAAUGUUAUUGUGGUAGACUGGCUCACUCUUGCCCACCGGCUAUACCCAGAUGCUGUAAAUAAUACCAGAAUAGUUGGACACGACAUUGCAAAGUUACUGGAGUGGCUGAAGAAGGAGCUGACGCUUCCUCUUGAAAACGUGCACAUGAUUGGCUACAGCCUGGGUGCCCAUGUUGCUGGGUUCGCUGGGACCUUUGUACAAGGAACAGUUGGCAGGAUAACAGGUCUGGACCCAGCUGGCCCCAUGUUUGAAGGUGUGGAGUCCGAUCAUCGCUUGUCUCCAGAUGAUGCUGACUUUGUAGAUGUCCUUCAUACCUACACCAGGGAGGCCCUGGGAGUUAGCAUUGGCAUCCAGCAGCCGGUUGGGCACAUAGACAUCUAUCCCAAUGGAGGAGACUUCCAGCCAGGCUGUGGAUUAAGUGAAAUGCUGAGCACCAUGGCCUAUGGUGGUAUUGGGGAUGUGGUGAAGUGCGAGCAUGAGCGUUCAGUGCAUCUGUUUGUCGACUCCCUGUUGAACAAAGAUCACAAGAGCUUUGCCUAUCAGUGCACUGACCCAGGCCGCUUUAAGAAGGGGAUCUGUCUGAGCUGCAGGAAGAACCGCUGUAACAACCUGGGUUACAAUGCCAAGAAGAUGCGUAAAAGGAGGAGCUGCAAGAUGUACCUUAAAACCCGAGCUGACACUCCUUUUGGAGGGUACCAUUACCAGAUGAAGAUGCAUGUGUUCAGCAAAACAGAUGCCGAGGAUAUAGACCCUACACUUCAUGUUAAGCUGUAUGGUGCCAGUAACGACUCUGAGGACAUACUUGUUGAACUACCUGGAAAGCUUGGCCUGAAUUUCACUAACACUUUCCUGGCAUUUACUGAAGAGGACAUUGGGGACCUUUUGAAAAUUAAGCUCACUUGGGAGGAUACAUCCAAGUCCUGGUCAACGUUCUUUAAAAGCUGGUUGACCUGGAGAAAUCCUGCCCAAGACCAAGUGUUGAUGGUUCGGCGAAUCCGUGUGAAAUGUGGAGAAACGCAAAAGAAGUUCACAUUCUGUGCUCAAGAUCCUGAUCUUACCAAGAUCUCCCCGGGGAACGAGAUUAAUUUUUUGAAGUGUCGAGAUGGGUGGGAAGUCAAACCACGAAAAAGAUUGCAUAUGUAAAUGCACUUUGGGGGGGGGGACCUGGAGCUACAAGACUGAGGAGACCCAAGAUCAAAAGCCAGAAAGAGCUCAUUCCACAAGAGCACUUAUGAAGGGAAUUUUAAUAGCACACAUGAAAGUGAAGGAAAGUCACCUUGAGACCAUGGCAAGGGAUGGAUGGGAUGGAAAUGAUGGCUGGUGUCAAAUGUUUACAGAACUGAUUGAACUACCAUUUUGCCAAACCAUCCCCACAUAAUCUGCAUAAGCACGGGCACUAAUUGAUUUGUACUGAUCAGUGGGCAUAUUUAGUAACUUGUACCUGGUAAAUUAUAAAAAGCAAAAGCACUGUGAAAUGAAGGACCCCAGUAUAUGGAGAUGUACAUCUGAACAAGGUGCAAGAGGUAUAAGCAAAAUUGUUCUUGUUUCUUUUUUUUUUAAAAAAAGAAUGAAAGCACAAAUGGUAUAAUAUGUGAAUACAAUGUAUUUGCAAGAUGCCACAAUUUGACUGGGUUAGUCUUGUGACAUCACGACAGUUUAAUUUUCACUUACCAUAAGUGGAGUAUAGGUCAUGUACUGUAACUUAUUUGCGAGAUGAACGUUGUACAUAUCUUUUGUGGAAAUAAUAAAUUUGUCACUUGUUUAUAAUC